GUAGGAAAUGAGACAGGGUAGGAAUAACACUUAAUAAGCCUGACGCUCUCAUCCUCCUCCUAUCCCCUGGCCACCUUCCAGCCUCCUCUGUGCAGUCUCCUCUCCUUCCAGACAGUCCUUACUUCUUUUCCCCCUAGGCUGCAGCCAGCUUGAGCCCUCUGCCUGCCAGAGCCAGGAAGGAGCCCAGGUGGGGUAAGAACCUCAGCCCCAGGAUGUUGACAACAUUGCUGCCACUGCUGUGUCUACUGCUCCUGCCCGGCUGGGCCUUUUGUAGCCAUGAAGCCUCAGAUGGCCUUCGGAACCUCCACAUGCUCCAGAUCUCCUACUUUCGCGACCCCUAUCAAGUGUGGCACCGGGGCAACGCGUCGCUGGGGGGGCUAACGACGCACGUGCUGGAAGGCCUAGGCAGCAACGUCACGAUCCGUCAGUUGCAGCCCUUGCAGGAGCCUGAGAGCUGGAUGCACACAGAAGACAGCCUGAAGACCUAUCUGCACCAGUUCAACAGCUUGGUACUGCUGGUACACCAUGAGCGGCGCUUGACCUUUCCUCUGAUCAUUCGCUGCUUCCUGGGCUGUGAGCUGCCUCCUGAGGGCUCUACAGCACGUGUCUUCUUCGAAGUGUCUGUGAAUGGGAGCUCCUUUGUGCAUUUCCAGCCAGAGACAGCUUUAUGGGUGGCAGGGCCCCAGGCACCCUCCAGGGUGGUCACCUACACCCUGCAGCAGCUCAACGCCUACAAUCGUACUCGGUACGAACUGCGAGAAUUCCUGCAGGACACCUGUGUGCAGUAUGUGCAAGAACACAUCACUGUGAACAACUCGAAAGGGAGCCAAACAGGCCGCUCCUACACCUCGCUGGUCCUGGGUGUCCUGGUGGGCAGUUUCAUCAUUGCUGGUGUGGCUGUAGGCAUCUUCCUGUACACAGGUGGACGGCGGUGUUGAUUGCUCUCCAGACCCCUCUGAAAAAGGGCUGGACUGAUGGGGGCUGAUGAGGGAAGAUCUCAGCUCACUGCAAAACCACACAGAUUCCCCAUCUGGGACAUUAUAUCCCAGAAGGUUUGGAGUGGCAGCUCCUUUCUUCUCCCUGAUCUGCCCACCAAGAGUUUGGGGGAGGGAAAGGGAAGGAGGAAGCUAAGUAGACAGAGUUCUUGGUUUGCUAAGCACCCAAGAACUUGCAUGCUUUCCUGAAUUGGUCUGAGAAGUGAAUGCUUAUCUAUCUUUGUGGAAAACAGAUGAUGGAGUUGGGUGGGGGUAGAGGGUGUCUAUGGCAUGUCCUCCAAAGACAGAAUCACCCAAGGCAUUCAAAACACCUAACAAAUACAAGAAGUCCAUCAACCAGAAUAAACACCACUCGAUGCUCCCAGGCACGUCAGAUUUGGGAAAGGAUGCUGAUAUAGUAGAGGUAGAAAGAAAUAAUCAGAGAAAUGGUGGGAGUAUAAACUAAAAUAUGGGAGCAAAGAGCCAUUAGUUAAUUAAUAAUAUUAUUAAUAAAUUCCUUACUUAGGUAGAUGGCAUUGUUUUUUCCUCUACAAAACUUAUGGAAAAGUAGACUAUAUCUUUUGUCUUUAUUUUAUUUUGAGAGAGAGAGACAGAGUGUGAGCAGGGGAGGGGACAGAGAGAGAGGGAGACACAGAAUCUGAAGCAGGCUCCAGGCUCUGAGCUGUCAGCACAGAUCCCGAUGUGGGGCUUGAACCCACAGACUGUGAGAUCAUGACCCGAACUGAAGUCAGACGCUUAACCGACUGAGCCACCCAGGGAUCCCGUAGACUAUACCUUUUGCUUCUACUCCCUCCUUUCCCACUCCUAAAUCACUGCAGUCUGACUUCCCUAUAAACUGCUCUAAGAUCAUCAAUGACCUCUAAUUGUGAAAUCUCCAUUCCACAUGAUAUCUGCAACAUUUUCCUUUGUGGACUAGAAUUCUCUUUUUACCCUAACCCCUGAGAUUCCAUACUUCUAAUUUUUAGAAACUGUUCCGGCCACUCAGUCAAUCCCUUUGCCUUUGUCAUCUUACUCAACUCACCUUGAAAUCAUGGCUUUUUUAGACUUCCAUGUUUUGGUUUUUUGGUCCCAUUUAAACUGUACCCUUUGUGGAUGUAUUCAUAUGUCAUCUAUCUGUGGUCUUUUCCAUGGGGAAACAAUAUAAUCUUGUCUUUGGAAGCAGGUGUUUUGCCAUCAAACAGAUUUGAGUUUUACUUCUUUAAGCCAGGCAUUUAACUCCUUGAAGUCUCAGUUUCUUCAUAAAGAAAGGUAUAAUAAAAUGUACAAAAAGGGUAUAAUAAAAAUAACACCUACCUCAUAGAGGCAUUAUGAGUAUUAUAUAAAUAUAUAUAUGUACACCCAAUAAAUAUAGCACUUGCUGCUGACCUCCAGACCCCACAUCUGCAUUGAUUUUUGAAAAUCAUCUCCACCUUAAUAUUUUGCAGACAUUUCUGAGUCAACAUGUUCUAAGUCAAAUUCCUUAUCUUUCUCCCCAAACCUGUUCUCUCUCCUUUGUUGUUUGCUAUCAGUUAAACAGAAUUACUAUCAAACCACAUCAGUGUAGAAACUUAAGUGUUGACCUUUAUUUACUCCUUCUUCAUCCCCCACCUACAAAAUAUAGUAUCUGUAGAAUCAAAUCCUUCUUUUCCACUCUCUUGCUUUUUUUGUAAGAUAUGGUAAUUCAGCUCUUUCUCUGGGGUAGGUACGAGGUGUGCCGCCCAGUUCUACUGGGUGUUUAGCUACAGGGCGCUUAGGCAGCAGAUAGCCACGAGCUGCUUCAGUUCCUUCAGUGUCAGCCUUACCUGUAGAGAACAGUCCUGCAUGAGGUCAUGUUCCUCUUGGGGCUGUCCUCAUCUGGUGACUGAGCAAAGCAGGGGUAUAAAGGCUCAGCCAGUCCCACCUACUGCAGGGCAAUUCUGAUAAACAGUAUUCACUCCAGAGCUCCUUGCCAGGUUGACUGGGUAUCUGUCAGAUCUACACUGAAGUUUGACUUCUCCUUCUAUUCAAUCCCCCUUCCUUUCCCUAGUUAAUAUCUUCCACCUCAAACUAUCUCAGCAUCUGCUUCCAGAAAAUCCAAACUGUGACUGACAAUCUUCCUUUCUUUUCUUCUUCUUUCUUUUUUUUUCUCUCUCCAGAUUGAGAAAUUUUCUCAAUCUUAUAUCCGGACCAUAGCGGUAGCCUCCUCCUAACUAUUCUCCUGGUUUCUAAUUUCUCUGAGUUCUAAUUCAUCUACAUGGAAGUAAAAAAUAAUAAUAAUUU